UUAAACUUGGCAUUGUCCUCGAGCUGUCACUUGAUUUGUGUUUAUUAUUUGGUGAAGUGUGUGGUAAUCAUUUCCAAAGGAUUAGUAACGUAGUUUAUAAAAUCGUUUCAUGUUAUAAUCCGAGUUGAAUUAUCUUAUAAUAUACAAUACAACUAUGUCAACAAUAAGCGGGUGUGAAAAUUACUUCGUAGAAUAAAUGUAUCUCACCGUCACUCCUGGUACAGUGACAUUCCUUUAUGAUUGUUGCGUGGCCAUUUCGUCAUUGGAAUAGAUAAGAAGAGGAAAUCGGUGUUUUUUCGGUGGCGUACCCCAUAAGUAACGCAAUGAAUUUCGACAAAUCCACUUCCCCCCGUAGUAGUAGCGUGGGCGACAAAUCUGUUAGCCAAACUUCAUCAACAGCAACAACUCCUAGUUCUAGUAAUAGUUUAAUCGAACCUUCCGAAGAUUCCACUCUAAACAAUGCUUCAAGCAUAUUUUAUGGAGGAGAGCGCAGUGCUACUGAUACCGAAACGAGUGAUUUCAGCUUUCGAGAAUUAUGGGCGUUCACUGGGCCUGGUUUUUUGAUGUCCAUCGCUUAUCUGGACCCGGGAAACAUUGAAUCAGACUUGCAGAGCGGAGUUGUAGCCAAAUACAGUUUGCUAUGGGUACUACUUGGAGCGACGCUGCUAGGUUUAGCGAUGCAACGAUUGGCUGUGAAAAUUGGAGUCGUUACAGGAUUGGAUUUAGCGGAGAUGUGCCAUAAACAAUACAAAACAGUACCACGGUUGAUACUUUGGCUCAUGGUAGAAGUUGCUAUCAUUGGUUCUGAUAUGCAGGAAGUAAUUGGUACGGCAAUCGCAAUCUAUCUUCUCUCAUAUAAAAGAAUACCUUUGCACGUUGGUGUAUUGAUAACCGUAUUAGACACAAUGUCCUUUCUCUUUUUGGACAAGUAUAAAUUGAGACGGUUGGAACUGUUUUUCGGUUUUCUUAUUACAACAAUGGCGGUAUCAUUCGGUUACCAGUACAUCAUCAGUGAUACACCACAAAUGGAAGUAAUAAAGGGCAUGUUCAUUCCCUGGUCAUCCGACUAUCGGCCCGGUACACUGUUACAAGCAGUUGGAAUUAUCGGUGCAGUUAUCAUGCCGCACAAUUUAUAUUUACAUUCAGCGCUGGUUAAGUCCCGAGCGAUAAACCGAAACGAAGUGAAAGAGGUGAAAAAAGCCAACCGUUACUAUUUUAUCGAAGCAUCUAUAGCGCUUGCUGUAUCAUUUGUUAUCAACGUGUUUGUAGUUUCUGUUUUCGCUCACGAUUUGUACGGAAAGACAAAUCAGGAUGUGAUUGACAGAUGCAGUAAUUCAUCAUUUUCUGAUGAUAUCCUACAAGCGUUUACGGCAAAUAAUGCUACAGCUGAUAUUAAUAUUUACAAAGGUGGUUUGGUACUAGGAUGCUUUUACGGUGGACUAUCAAUGUACGUGUGGGCAAUCGGUAUAUUAGCGGCUGGUCAAAGUUCCACCAUGACCGGCACUUAUGCAGGACAGUUUGCUAUGGAAGGCUUUCUUAAUUUGCAAUGGGCGCGUUGGAAACGGGUAUUGUUCACCAGAACGGUUGCAAUAAUGCCAGCAUUUUAUGUUGCAUUCUACAGCAAGCUAGAUGAUUUAACCAAGAUGAAUGACAUUUUGAACGCCGUUAUGGCAUUGCAACUUCCGUUUGCAGCGAUACCAACUGUCGCUUUUUCUUCAAGCGUGGCACUCAUGAAGAAAGAAUUCGUGAACAGCACGGUAGAGAAGAUUAUCUCCAUCACACUUAGUUUCACUGUCAUUGGCAUAAAUCUGUAUUUUAUUAUUGCAAAUCUGCAGCAAGUUAAUUUGACUGCUUUUAUGUUAAUUGGCGUUGUCAUAUUCGGUACCUUCUACAUCGCUUUUAACGCGUACCUUAUAUUACACAUGAUGGUAAAUUUGGGAAACAAAUCGUUAGCAACCAAUUCACUCGUCAAGCGCUAUAUCUUUGAUGAUGUUGAGCUGUUUUCAAAUAUGGCGACGAUAGAUAAUGGUAUUUGAUCUUAAAUAGUCAUGUGUAUCAUUUACAUAUUUACUUUGGGGAAUAAAAGAAGAUUUUAACCGGGGCUCAUUAAGCAUAUGUUGUGCCUUAGUAGAGAAGUAUAUUUUUAGACAACUUUUAUAUCCGUAAUGUUUUGUGUUAGCUAAUUCAGGAUAAAUAAAGUGGAUUAUUUUAAAGUGCAACGCAUCAAAAGCAUAUACAAAUAGGGCUGUGCAUUAGAAAAGGUAUAAAUAUCUAUUACAUAUAUUGCGUCACAUGUUAAUAAAAAUACUCGUAUAAUACUUUUUCGGGAUUCAUGAUUGUAUUAUAUUUUCUUA